GCGGGUCGAGGUUGCGUAGCCGCAUUGACAACAGGAAGUGUCUGCAUACUGGUUUAAAUCGCUUGCUGUUUUAUACGCUCUUCGUCAGCUCGGGAGCCGCGCAAGAUUGUAAAGACUCAGAAACUCAUGACUACUGCUUUAAUCGAUAACGUGCUCGCCAGGACGACGGCGCCUGAUGAGGCCUGAGCUCGGUUUCACACAGCGGUCGUCCUUGCCAAGACUCCUCCAGACCAGCGCUCGAGCAGCUCCACACUGACCGGACGUCGCUGCCUAUUUAUAGCAAAAAUAGGAAAAUAUCCGGAACAUCAAACAUGCCGGGUCUAACGUGAAGGCUGAAGUUCCUCUGUAAUGCUGCUGUAUCCAGCCUGAACCAUGAACUCUGUGUCUCCCAGUGGCGUUCAGUACAUCGUGGGCGGCGGCGCUCAUGAGGACAAGCCCUCGGCGCAGUCCAGACGCCACAACGGCCUCGGCUCAGCGCCUGACGGCCUCAGAGAAGGCUCCGGAGAGCCCGAUGAAGUGGAUCGCCUGAAAGCCAAGUUCAUGUCCGCCUGGAACAACGUCAAAUAUGGCUGGACCGUUAAAACUAAAACUACCUUCAACAAGACCUCUCCUUUGAUCCUCCUGGGUCGGUCCUACCUGUUCAACAGUGAAGAUGAGGUGGAUGGUUUCCGGCAGGCGUUCGUGUCGUGUGUGUGGCUCACCUACAGGAGGGAGUUUCCUCAGCUGGAGGGAUCCAGUCUGACCACAGACUGCGGCUGGGGCUGCAUGCUGCGCAGCGGACAGAUGCUGCUGGCGCAGGGGUUACUGCAGCAUCUCAUGCCUCCAGACUGGAGGUGGGCAGAUUGUCAUCCACUGACAGAUGUGGAUUUUGAAGUGCUGAAGCCUCGCUCUCCCUCCCGUCCAGCCGCCAUGUCUCUUCCGUCUUUCAGUUCUUCCUGGACCAGCCCCAUUUCCCAGAGGGACCCGAGCUCUGGCAGCAGUGAGGGACACAGGAGGACCCCGGGGGGGUGUCCUGCAGCCAGCAAUGAGCCUCAGGUGGAGGCUUUGCACCGAAAAGUGGUGUCUUGGUUUGGGGACCACCCCUCAGCUCCUUUUGGUGUCCACCAGUUGGUGGAGCUGGGAAAGGAGUCUGGGAAGAGGGCAGGGGACUGGUACGGCCCGUCCGUAGUGGCUCAUAUGCUGAGAAAAGCAGUGGCUAGAUCCGCUGAGUUACACAACCUUGCUGUAUACGUGGCACAGGACUGCACGGUGUAUAAAGGAGAUAUCAUGAGGUUGUGUGAGCUGUCCGAGUCUGCUGGCACAGGCUGGAAAUCAGUCAUCAUCCUAGUGCCAGUACGACUCGGAGGAGAAUCGUUAAACCCUUCCUACAUUGAGUGCGUUAAGAACAUUCUCAAGUUAAAAUGCUGUAUAGGAAUUAUUGGAGGAAAACCCAAGCAUUCCCUGUUUUUUAUUGGUUUUCAAGACGAGCAGCUGUUGUAUCUGGACCCACACUACUGUCAGCCAGUGGUGGACGUCACCCAAGGCAGCUUUUCUCUGGAGUCUUUUCACUGUAACUCACCCAGGAAGAUGAACUUCAGUCGUAUGGAUCCCAGCUGCACCAUCGGGUUCUACGCGCAGACUAAGAAAGACUUUGAGUCUUUGUGUUCAGCGGUCAGUGAAGCUUUGUCAUCUUCUAAAGAGAAGUAUCCCAUCUUUACAUUUGUAGAGGGCAGGGGACAGAACUAUGGACUGGAGGGGCAGAGCGGGGGGUCUUUGGAUGGUCCUGCAAAUAUUUUCUCAUGCAACAGAAUGAGCAGGAACAGUAAGAGAGGAAGCACAGAUGAGUUUGUGCUCCUGUGAGGAGCAUAUCGCAUAUAACACAGACCCUACCCCAGUGAACCCGACAUCAUGAAACUGCUGUUCCUCAUGUCUGUGUACUCCAAAAUAUAAAGCAAACCUGGCACUGAGUUUCACAAGAAACCCUGUCCGAGUCAUAUUUCACCCCAGAACCCAAGGAAUGCAAAGAAAUCAGAUUUUGCAUAAAGAAAACAUGACAUUAAUGAGAAUUUUGUGAGAUAUUUACUUAAUAAUUAAUGUGAGAAUAUAAUAAUUCCAAAAAUAAGGUUAGUUUUCUUAAUGCAUAAUAUACUUUUGAGGUGCGUUCCUUUGGUAAACUGCUCCUUAAAUGUGGCAUUUCUUCAUGAAUGGAAGGGGAGCACUUUCUAUUAUUGCUAUUUUUCAAAUGAUUCAUCCACAUUAAAGGGAAAGUUCAACCCAAAAAUUAAAAUCUCAUAAAAAUGUACUCCUUCUCAGGCCAUCCAAGAUGUAUAUGAGUGUGUUUCUU